ACCAGCGCAUGCGCACACACUGUUGUCAACAGAGAUGGCGCUGCGCGAAGGAGCCCUGCGUUUAAACGUGCUGGUCAGAAGCCGUCAUUUUUACAAGUUAACUUCACUGGGUGGUGGUGUCCGCUCGUUGACUGAGAAAGUGUCAUCUAAACAAGUAAAGUCCAGUGCCCCAGAGACUGCGGCUGACCAUUUAAUCUACACACAAGAGCACUUUGCAUUAAAGGAGUCCCUCAGAAAGCUCAUCGACCAGGAGAUCAACCCUUACGUCGAUCAAUGGGAAGCAGAAGGGAAGUUUCCAGCCCACAAGAUCUUCAAGAUCUUAGGAAAUGCAGGAUUUCUAGGAGUCAACAAACCAGUUGAGUAUGGAGGCUUGGGCCUUGACUUCAGCUUCAGUGUAGCAGUGGCAGAGGAGCUGGGCAACAUCCGCUGUGGAGGAAUCCCCAUGGCCAUCGGGGUACAAACUGACAUGACGACUCCGGCGCUGGCCAGGUUUGGUUCGGACGAGCUUAAGAGGGAGUUCCUCCUUCCCUCCAUCAGUGGGGACAAAGUGGCCUGCCUUGGAGUGAGUGAGGUUGGAGCUGGCUCUGAUGUCUCGAGUAUCAAGACCAAGGCCGUGAGGAAAGGUGAUGAGUAUGUGAUCAAUGGGGGAAAGAUGUGGACCACCAGUGGUACCCAGGCUGACUGGAUGUGUCUCCUCGCUAACACUAGUGACGGGCCCCCACAUAAGAACAAAUCUCUCAUAUGUCUACCCAUGAACUUGCCGGGAGUGCACAUCGCCCGAAAGAUUGAUAAACUGGGUAUGUGGUCAUCUGACACAGCCGAAGUGUUUUUUGAUGACGUCCACGUGCCCUGUAAGAAUGUUAUCGGCCAAGAAGGCAUGGGCUUUACCUAUCAGAUGCUUCAGUUCCAGGAAGAGAGGCUUUGGGCAGUGGCCAAUAUCUUGACCACAAUGGACAACGUAAUUCAGGAGACCAUCCAGUACACACGGCAGAGGAAGAUCUUCAAGCAGCCCGUCCUUCAUCACCAGGCGGUUCACUUCAGGUUGGCCGAGCUGCAGACGGAGGUCGAGCUGCUCCGCUCUCUCCUCUACCGUGCUACAGCGCUGUAUAUUAAAGGCAACGAUGUCACCAAGCUGGCAUCCAUGGCCAAAUUAAAGGGGGGACGCCUUGCCAGAGAAGUGGGCGACAGCUGUCUCCAGUACUGGGGAGGGAUGGGCUACACCAGUGAUGUGCUAGUCAGCCGAUUUUACAGGGAUUCCAGGUUAAUGUCAAUUGGUGCAGGAGCUGAUGAGGUAAUGCUGGGAAUCAUCUGCAAGUACAUGGACACACUACCUGGCAAGUCAUGUAAUGAACGCUAACCCCAGUGGGAAAAUCACUUCUGAUUUGUGCACUUUGAUCAGUUACUCAGAUGAGGAGAUUUUGCCUUUUUAACAAUACUGUAUGUGGUCAUAAAGACAUCCUCAUACGGUCAAUCACACAGAAUAAUGAAGCCCCCCCCCCUUCCUUGUCUGUACACAUGUGCAACAAUGCAGAGUUUUGAUUGAAUGUAAUUUGUUACUUUUGUAAUUAUUGUUUAGAAUAAAGAAAAAUAAUGUUCUUUAAUAAAAAUGGAUGUUUUAUGUUUGAGAUUUUCAUGCUGAAGACAUUUCAGCACAUCCAACAGCAUGAAGUUACACCAGCUAAUCCAGGGCAUAAAAUUUGUUUAUUUACAUUAAUAUUUUUACAAUAAAGAUGAAACAAUGACGUACA